AUGGUUGGAUUUUACGAGGAUCACAAUUUCGGUGGCCUGGCGCGUACCAUUGAAAAGAUGUUCGAGGCCGACCCGGAGUUUGGUAAAUUAUCACAUUGUGGUAGGAAAUUGAUUGGUAAAAAUGCUGAAGAACACCCAGAGCUUGUUCUGGGACAUAUCCUAGCCAUCAGUAUAAAAUUGGUAGGAACUGUGUUUAUCGCUUCCGAUGAUCCAAUCAGAAAAGAGGUUACAAAACUGGAGCAGCUCAUGUCCAAUAGAAACGUCACAGACAUUGAAUCGAAACACCUGGACGCAAUCAGAAAACUGUUAGACGCAGACCUGCCUGGAGCUGUUGCAUUGUGGGAUGCCAUACUACACAUGAAUCCCUUGGAUGUACUGGCUAUACACCAAGCUUUUUUCGGCUGUGCUUUCCUUGGGUCGUUCGUGAAGGGUAGAGACAUCCUCAGUAGAGUAGUGAAUGAAUGGAAUUCAAGCAUGCCUCUUUAUGGAUACUUUCUUGGCGAGUAUGCAUUCAUGCUACAGGAAACAUUCCUCUUCCGGCGGGCAGAAUGUGACGCCCGGCGGGGCAAUGCCUCUGUUCACAAGUCUGUAAUUGCCAUGGCUGCCAUUAACGACUAUGGCUUUGAAUUGAGCAUCCGCCUUUUUUUGUCUGAUCUCACUCCAUCAGACUUCCAUCUAUUUCCAAAAUUGAAAAUGGCAAUUUCCGGUAUCCAAUUUCGGUCAGAUAGUGGCACAUAUGCAGUGGAGGAAUUUCUGCAGGCAUUAGAAAUGAACAGACACGAUAUCUUUGCUCGUCACUCAUUAUCACAUGUGUACGAGAUGCAGGGUCGAGUGGACGAAGGACUCGGUCUUUUGGAGGGAUCAGAAGCUGACUGGAAUCUUGUCAAGCGGUAUAAAGGUUCAAAGUCUAUAGGAGAUUUAGUCGACUGCAGCUCUCUAUUGUACAGACUUGAGCUCGAGAGUUUUUCUGUGGGGAAAAGAUGGCAUGAUUUAUUAGGAAUUGUUGACGAUGGAAUUAAGAACCACUUCAACUCGUUUAUUGACCCCCAUGUCCUGAUGACGUGUCUAGGAGCCAAAGAUCACGAUGCCUCACAGUCAUUUAUGGACACAUUCCGGAAAUCAAUCAGGAAUGGACAUGGCCAUAGCAGGGGUGUAUCUGAGAGAAUUGUUCUUCCCCUCUGUGAGGCUCUACAAGCACAUAGCGAGGGGGACUUUGGGAAUGCUGUAGAUCUCACCUAUCCCUUGCGGCACGGAUUCUUCAAUUUUGGUGGCAGCAACGCACAGAGAGACAUGUUUGAUCUAUUUCUGAUUGAUUCCGCUUUGAAGUCAGAGAGAAAAGAACACAGAAACGUGGGCAGGCAUCUACUAGUGGAGAGAAAGGCUUUUAAAGAGAACUCUCCAAUGACGGAUCGCUUGUUGGAAAAGAUACUGGUUUCCCAUGUGAAAUAA